AUGGAAUCAGAACCAACUAAGGUUCUGUUUUCUCGUUUAAAUGCUUUCUACCCAUUAAUAAUUGGUGGGGUAAUAAUAGGAAGUCGUUUCCACCCAACAUCACAAUUCAUAGUACGCGCACUUCUUAGUUUAGUUUGCAUUCUAUUUUUUUCAGCUUACGGAAGUAUUCUCGCGGUGAUUUUCACACUUAUAGGUCGUCGAGGGGAAAUAAAUUGGGCCACGGCACGUUCGUAUGUAGCAAUAGCAGCCCCAUUGGCUGGAAUCACAUUCAAAGUAGAAAAUGAACAUUACAUGGACAAUCGUCCCGUCAUUUUUGUCUGUAAUCAUCAGGCGGCCAUAGAUGUUAUGGUACUUGGGAGAAUUUUUCCGAAAUCUUGUGUAAUUGUUGGAAAAAGAGAACUGAAAUACGUACCGUUAUUGGGUUCGUAUAUGCAUUUGACUGGCGCGAUCUUUCUUGAUCGAGGGAAUCAUGGCGACGCUGUGAGAACAUUCUCGGAUGCAGUAGAAGAUAUCAGAAAACGAAAUGUCAGUGUAUGGAUCUUUCCCGAGGGUACGCGUGGACAUUUACAAGAAGCAAAUCUUUUGCCAUUUAAAAAAGGCGCUUUUCAUUUAGCCGUGCAAGCGCAGAUUCCUAUCGUUCCGGUUGUGGUCUCAAAUUAUAGUGACAUAUAUGAUUCAAAACGGAGAAUAUUCAAAGGUGGAGAAUUGAAAAUUAAAGUUUUACCCCCAAUUCCUACAGAUGGUCUUGAUCAAGAGAACCGGAAACAUAUUGAUGAACUCGCAACUAAAACGCGACAAGUUAUGUUGGACACCUUGAGAAAAAUUACAUCACCACCACUUGGAAAUGGUCAUACUAAUCAAACAUAA